AUGGCAUGGCAGAGGUUGACACAGAGGUUUGCGUUCUGGGCGGAGAGGCUGGUCCCGAGGCCUCAGCAGCGUUUGAUGCUGUCGUAUGAGACGAGCUCGGCGUGCUCGGAGUCAGCGAUCUCAUCGCCUUCCCUGCCUGAGAGGCUGAGCGAGCUGCUGGAUGGGUUGUGGUUUGCGGUUCCUAAGAAGAGGGUGUCAGCAGCGAGACGUGACGUGCGGAAUGCGCCGAAGGCGUUGAAUUGGGAUUACUCCAUCGUUCCUUGUAAGAAAUGCGGGAAGCCUCGGCGUCCUCACAGAUACUGCGAUCAGUACAACUGCGCUCGGGUCGAUGAGGUCGAGAGACCUCAAGUCGAGUCUUCGGACGUGAAGGAGGGAAGCAGCUGA